CGCGCCGCGUUCGUUCCGCUUUACACGUUAAAAGAGCGCACAAACCGCCGCCGUCGCCCGUGUCGCGCAUAUCGAGCGAGAUGGCCGCCACCGGAAGAGUCAACGUCUUCUCCCGCGUCCGACCCGGGGUCGCGCGCGAGGAUGGCGACGCGCACUGCGUGUCCAUGAACCAAGACACGAACCGAUGCGUCGUGCGCCUUCAAGACGGCGACGCCGUCGAGCGCGUCCUCGCGGGAGGCAGCGCGCAGGUCAAGACGAUCGAAAAGGAGUACACCUUCGACGGCGUGUUCGACCCGGAGAGCACGCAGAAGGACGUGUACGAGGAAGUCGGGAAGCCGGUCCUGAAGGACGUCUUGAUGGGGUACAACGGGAGCAUCCUCGCGUACGGACAAACCGGCGCGGGGAAGACGCACUCGCUGUUAAACUCCGGGAUGGGGAUCGACGGCAAGGCGGACCCGAAACAGGCGGGGUUGCUUCCGCGCUUAGUCGCCGCGCUGUUCGUGCACAUCGGCGCGGACGUCGCGCACGUGUACUCCGUGGAGGCGUCGAUGUUGCAAAUUUACAACGAAAACAUCGACUGCUUACUCGGCGCGGAUCGCGAACGCGCGCAAGGUUUACAAGUCACCGGCAAGAGCGAAGUCCGAGGGUUAACCUGGAUGCCGUGUAAGACCCCGACGGACUUACUUCAGUGCUUCCAGAAAGGCAGGAACAACCUCGUGUACGCGGAGACGAAGAUGAACAAAGCGUCCUCGCGCUCUCACGCAGUGUUCCAGAUCAAGGUGGCGAAGAGGCCGCGCGCGAGCGACGCCGCCGCCGCGAAGAAGGGCGCGAAGAAGGUCGAGAUGAAAGCCGUGUUCGGUAAGCUCACCGUGGUCGACCUCGCGGGCUCGGAGCGCAUCAAGAAAUCCGGCGUCGUCGGGCAGCAGUUACGCGAGGCGACGAACAUCAACUCGUCGUUGCUCGCGUUCGGCAACAUCGUCCAAGCGCUCGCGGAGAAGAAGAAUUUUAUCCCGUACCGCGACUCGAAACUCACGAGAAUUCUGGAAGACUCCGUGGGGGGCAACUGCAAGACGAGCCUUCUCGUGUGCUGCUCGCCGUCCGCCGAGAGCGCGGACGAGACCGUGAGCACGUUGGAGUUUGCGUCCAGGGCGGCGCGCAUUGAG